AGAUGGCUCAGGCGUGGCCGCGAGCGGCGAGCGUGUCGUUCGCGCAUCAGUUCGCUCGCAUUCGAUAUUAUUUUGUCAUUUUCUACAUUUUAUUGUUAUCCGCAGUUAUCCGUAAAAAGAGAUCUGCGUACGCGAGCGCACGCGAAUAUCUUCCGCGUGGCCACGAGAAAGCUACGCUGAAGGAAAGUAUAUAUUCGCUUUCCAUCGUCGUUAUCACCAGACGAGUAUCUCUACCGGACAUAAUUCGCUGUAUCGAUCCGAUGAACCGCUCCCUAGCUUGUCUGCCCGCUCGCCUGCCGCAGCAGUAUACAUGAGACGAUCGAUCAAGAGAAAUGGAGCCCACCUCGAAAUCCCCAAUGAGAAUUGCAAUUGCAACGGGCCGUAGCUUCGGGCUCCUAAACCGGGGAAGCCCCUUCUUGCCGUGAAAAAUAUAUAAUGCUUUGUCGAAUGUCGUUAUCACUCUGCACCAACGUGGGCUUCCUCCGCAGCGCCGGCCACGGAGCAGACCAUCGGCAAUGUCUCGCAGAGGAGGAACCGCUGCGGCCGCCGUUGCCGCUUAUACAUCGAGACGACUCAGUCGCGAGAGAACUAGUUCUGAGGGCAAGAGAGCGAAAUGCGCGCCCACCAAGGAUAUGCUUUUUACGUCGUCGAGGACAGAGGACGAGGAGGAGGAAGAAGAGGAAGUGGUUGGUAAGAAGGACCAAAGAACCAAGAGAAAUUAUAAUUGGCAUCAAACGACAACUGGAAAGGGCGUUGACGUCGUCGAGACGGUAGCCGACUUUGAGAAGUGGCUCAAGAUGCGUACCACAGAGCCUCCAGUGCCAUCGAGUAUAGAUCUGGAUGCAGCGAAAAUGGUAGAGGGUGUAGACAGAUAUUUGGGCGAAGAGGUACUCUCGCAUGGCUGCUUCCUGAGCAAAGAUCCAUAUGGCUUGUCUAUCGACAUUGAUCUGGCAGAUGGUAAGAAGCUCAAUCUGCCAUCGAGCUAUGAUCCAAUACUGCAAGAUCUGACUCAUACUGAGAAUCGGCUACUGGAGCCACCAUGCGAGAAAGUUGUCGACGAGUUUAUGCUACCGGAGUUCCAACUGGAUCAUCUUGAUCAACUAGCGGCUCUUACACCAGAUGACAUGAUGGUGGCUGGUGAAAUUCUGCCGUCUGCCAGCAGUCAGCCAACAUUAAACGUAGAGAGUCAAGAUAUUGAACAAAACGUUUCAAAAGCAAGAGUUUCAGCACAAAACAAUGAGACACCCUGCGAGAAAUCCACCUCGCAAAUUACCCUCAGCCAGCUACCAGUGAAUUCAGUCAUGAACGAGAUGAAAGAUUCAAAGAUGGAACAGGAAAGCAUAGCACAAUCUUCAGCAAGUUCCUCAGAGCUCUUCGUCGGAACUCUACCGUCAAUUGCUUCAGAAAAGAGUUCGUUAAAUACCAUGACGAAUUCCAUGGAAAUAAGCAUACCAAACAGGCCAAUAAAACAAUUGAAGAAGACAAAACUUGAACCGCGUAUUAUCAAGAAACGUCGACAGAUGACAGAACAACGGGAGAAGAAGCUUGAUAAGCAUAUCAAUGGUAAGAGCUUUACUGUUGAUACGGACUCGCAGGACAUGAUGGCUGUGGUCGCUAUAUCCACCGACAAAAUCUCCAACAUGACGCAAAUCGUUAUCAAUACUGGCACGGAAAAACAGAUCUAUCAAGGCAAAACUUCGGAAUUGAUUGAGGCGACUGGCAAUUUUGCAAAAUUGCCUAAAAUAGAUACUUCUGCUGCAGUUUGGAACGGCACGGUCGAGUACAGUGCCGAUAACAAUCCAAGUAAUCAAUAUGAAAUUGUCAUAUCCAAUGCAUUGGGAGAACUAGGCAUCACCGACGACAGUUUGCAGCCUUUAUUUGCCACUGAACACGACAAAGUGUGGCUGUGCCCACGAGACGGCUGCAACCGACAAUUCGGUAGAUUGUACACUCUGAAAGGUCAUUUAUUGGCCCAUUAUGGAGUUAGACCGUUUAAGUGCGACUUCGAGGGCUGCACUUGGGCCUUUUAUUCUGAGUUCAAGUUAAAAAGGCACAAGGAAACACAUCUGAAGCGCAAGGAUUAUGUAUGUGAAGUGGAAGGCUGUAAUCGUCGUUUCACUACCGUCUACAAUCUAUGGAGCCACGCGAAACUGCAUAGUCGUCCUAAUCGGAUAGUUUGCCAAGUGCCAGACUGUGGUCAGAAGUUUCAGACGAAACGAGCAUUAGAGUUACACAUGAAGUCGCACGAUCAACGCCAUGCACCUUACGUGUGCCAGCAUGAGGGUUGCGGUAAACGUUACUACAGCAGCAAUGCACUGACGUCGCAUCAGCGAUCACACAGCUACAAGGAGGUGGACAUCAAAUGCUCGUGGCCAGACUGUGGCAAGAUUUUCGAUAAACCAUGUCGACUAAAAGCCCAUAUGCGUUCUCACACUGGUUACAAACCUUAUCCCUGUACUUUCCAGGAUUGCAAAUGGGCCUUUUCAUCGUCCAGUAAACUCAAGCGUCAUCAGAAAAAGCACACGAACGAGCGUAAAUUUAUAUGCGAUAUACCGAAUUGUGGCAAAGCGUUUAUGCGCUCGGAACAUCUGAAAGAACAUCGGUUGACGCACACAGGUCGUUUCUUUCAGUGCUUUGUGUGCGCUGCCAGAUUUUCUGCCAAAAGUAGUUUGUACGUGCAUAUCAAAAAGCAUCAGCAGCAGACUAAACCAGAUUUAAAUGUAGCUAAUGGUGCAUUCCCCGAGUGCACUUCUGCUGAUCAGAAACGAACGAAAACGAGAGAAUCUCAUUACUCGCGAAUAAAGCCGAUCAAGUCGAAGCGAUGGGACACGGAGCUGACGAAUGCCGCGGAGAUUAUUGCGAAGGAAAAUAAUGUCGAGAAGCAGAAUGUCGAUGCAUGUUUCCAAGAUGAAGAUCAAAUGGAGUUGCUGUAUCGUUGUCCGAUAGACGUAUGCGGACAUUUGAUCAAUAACGAGCACAGUCUUCGUGAGCACAUGAUGAAAGCACAUGGCAUACAUUGUGACGAUCUGCUAACUAAAUCAUCCUCUGACGAUGCCAACAUAGAUUACGUUUUAUACACCGUACACAGUUCACCUUCCCCAAAUUUCCCCACUGCCGUUGAGGAAAAACAGAUGGUGAUGGUGGCUCCGUGCGAUGCCGUUAUCCUUGACACCUCUUCAAUAAGGGAUCGUCGUCUACCUGAACCGGAACCGCCACUUUUCAACACCUUGCUGAAAAGUUCAGAAACGUUCCAAGAUAAUAUGCAAAUUGACAAACAGAUUGACAAAGAAACUAUAAAAAAGCAGGGUUCGGCAAGGACAGAUCUAACGUAUUCUGAAUGGUCUAAACUGAAGAAGAAUAAUGUAUUGAUGACUUCAAUAACGGAAACAUCGGACGUUAUACUGGACACGAGUGGUGAUUUGAGCGAAGGUCUGUUGUUCACAGAAGAACUACCAUCGAUGUAUUAUCAGGACGAUGUAGCAGGUACGGAAUACCAGGUGCUGUUAUUAGACUCAAGUCCGCUCGAGAGUGUGAGUAAUUUGCGUGGUCUCGAGUGAUUUUCGUGAUGAACGCAAGUGAUGAAUCCCAAUGUCGUGGUUGAGUGAUUUUCGUGAUAGAAUACUCUCGACCAACUUAUUAUUGCAUACUUAUUUUUUGGACAUGAUCACGUGAUAAUCGUAAUAAUUAUUUUAAAUGUAGCUUAAAAGUGGGAUAUAGAUAGUUUUGAACAAUGAUGGUCGUUACUAUAUUAAACAUUAGCUUUUGUGGUAACUUUAACACGAUCUGUGAUCCAGGAGCUGGCCUCAGCCUGAUAUUCAUUUGUACUACGCGGCCCAUAAUCGCUUUAAAUCGUUAUUUUAUUAAUAAAUCGUUGAUAUUUUUCCAUAAAAA